UUCCCCUAGUAUUUGUCUCAAUUUUCUCUCUUCCACAAAUUUUUACUUUCACACUUAUUACAGAUCUGGAUGUGCCUUUUUACCUCAUUCAUUACCUAUAAAUAGUCAUUCCCAUUUCCCUCAAUCAAUCUCUCACACCAAAACUUUCCCUUCAUUUUCACUCAAUCUCUUCGUUGAAAUCUCAUCAGAAAAACUGAAAACUAUUCUCAAAUGGCUACAGCUUCACUCAGUCCUGCUGAUUCCCAAAAGCUCUCUAAUCUCAAAUCUUCUGUUGCUACCCUUAACCAAAUCAGUGAUAAUGAGAAAUCUGGAUUUCUUAACCUUGUCACUCGCUAUCUAAGUGGCGAGGCGCAACAUGUUGAGUGGAGUAAGAUCCAGACGCCAACUGAUGACGUGGUUGUGCCUUAUGACAAGUUAGCACCUCUCUCUGAAGAUCCUGCGGAAACGAAGAAGCUCUUAGACAAACUUGUUGUCCUGAAGCUCAAUGGAGGCUUGGGAACAACAAUGGGGUGCACUGGUCCAAAAUCAGUUAUCGAAGUUCGUAACGGUUUGACAUUCCUCGAUUUGAUUGUCAAACAAAUUGAGGCUCUCAAUACCAAGUAUGGAUGCAGUGUUCCCCUGCUUUUGAUGAAUUCAUUCAACACCCAUGAUGAUACAUCGAAGAUUGUAGAAAAAUAUUCAAACUCAAACAUUGAGAUUCACACAUUCAAUCAGAGCCAGUACCCUCGUCUGGUUAUUGAAGACUUUGCUCCACUUCCUUGCAAAGGCAAUGCUGGCAAAGAUGGAUGGAACCCCCCAGGUCAUGGUGAUGUUUUCCCUUCUUUGAUGAAUAGUGGCAAGCUUGAUGCACUUUUAUCAAAGGGAAAGGAAUAUGUUUUUGUUGCCAAUUCAGAUAACUUGGGCGCUGUGGUUGAUUUGAAAAUCCUAAAUCAUUUGAUCCAGAACAAGAACGAGUACUGCAUGGAGGUGACACCAAAAACAUUAGCUGAUGUCAAAGGUGGAACCCUAAUCUCGUAUGAUGGAAAAGUACAGCUUUUGGAAAUAGCACAAGUUCCUGAUCAACAUGUGAAUGAAUUUAAGUCAAUAGAAAAGUUCAAGAUUUUUAACACCAACAACUUGUGGGUUGAUCUAAAAGCUAUUAAAAGACUUGCAGAAGCAGAUGCACUCAAGAUGGAGAUAAUUCCAAACCCCAAGGAAGUGGACGGAAUUAAAGUUCUUCAACUUGAAACUGCUGCUGGUGCUGCAAUUAGGUUCUUUGAUCGGGCUAUUGGAGCUAAUGUUCCCCGAUCUCGUUUCCUUCCAGUGAAAGCAACUUCAGAUCUGCUUCUUGUCCAGUCUGAUCUUUACACCUUGACUGAUGAUGGCUAUGUCAUCCGGAAUCCAGCAAGGACUAAUCCUUCUAACCCUUCUAUUGAGUUGGGACCUGAAUUCAAGAAGGUUGCCAGCUUCUUAAGUCGUUUUAAGUCGAUUCCCAGCAUUAUUGAGCUAGAUAGCUUGAAGGUCAGUGGUGACGUAUAUUUUGGAGCUGGCAUCACUCUGAAGGGGAAAGUGACUGUCAAUGCUAAAUCCGGGGCGAAGUUAGAAAUUCCAGAUGGAGCUGUGAUUGCAAAUAAGGAUGUCAAUGAUCCUGAGGACAUAUAGGAGAGUGGCUGCAAGGAGUACUUUUUGGUUGCUGUGUUAUGAAUUUUUUUCAAAUAAGGAAACUAAAUGAACAAUUCUGUUGCUAGCGGAAUCGUUGUAAGAGUUCAAAUGCCAACAAAGGCCACACCUUGAGUAUCCAUUUUCGUUUUUCUGUAGUUUGUUUAGUUCUUCAUGGAAAAUCGAUGUCGAAGCCAUGUCAAUGAGCUAGUAUCUUUCUUGGAGAAGUUUAGUUUCGAUGUAAAAUUCUUUCAUCAGUUUAUCUUACCGUUACACUAGUUAUAAUCCAAGUUCUAUUGAACUAGUUAUAUAUGUGGAUUUGUGCA